ACUGUACCUAUCAAGAUCCACUUGCGCUAAUAACGGGGAGUAAGCUUUGCUGGACCCCCGCAAGCUGGAAUGCAGGGAACUCAUCGUCGCGAACCGUCCCAUGUCCAAAUACCGUGCGCUUACGGUACAUGUAACGGCGCGCAGAGCACCACACUUCCCCAUUUGGCAAUGAGGCUGUUCGGUGCCUUGAUCACCCAGUGACGAACCGCCGCUUGGCAUUGCCAACUUCAACCAUCUUCUCAUACUCCCUUCCGGCAUCUGGUAGUCACGGCGAUCGUGCAGCUCGGCAAGGUUGACCGAACCGCCACCAUGAAUAUUCUUGAAUGGGCUUUCGGCAAGCGCAUGACGCCGGCGGAGCGUCUGCGCAAGAACCAGCGACUUCUCGACAAGGCUAUUCGAGAGUUGGAUCAACAGAGGGUCAAACUCGAAAAGCAAGAGAAGACACUCAUUUCCCAGAUCCGCCAGAGCGCCCAGAAAGGCCAAAUGGGCGCUUGCAAGGUCCAGGCCAAAGACCUCGUCCGCACCAGGAGGUACAUUGAGAAGUUCUACGGGAUGAGAAGUCAACUGCAGAAGGUUUCCCUCCGCCUACAGACAUAUCGCACAAAUGAGCAGAUGAUGCAAGCCAUGAAAGGCGCGACGAUGGCGCUCGGUAGCAUGAACCGUACUAUGAAUCUUCCGGCCCUCCAGCGAAUCGCCAUGGAAUUUGAGCGCGAGAACGACAUCAUGGAGCAGCGGCAAGAGAUGAUGGACGACGCUAUCGACGAUGCUAUGGAUGUUGGCCUUGAGGAGGAGGGGGAUGAGGUAGUGGAGCAGGUACUCGAAGAAAUCGGAGUCGAUCUGAGCCAAGCGCUUGGCGAGACCCCCUCGGGUUUGCAAUCGAAUACAGUGGCGGAGACCAAAAUUGCUCAGGCGGUGGGUGGCGGCGGCGGCGGCGCAAACCCAGGCGACGACGAUCUUCAAGCGAGACUCGACAGCUUAAGACGAUGAGGCGAGCGAGACCCUCGCGGUUGCCACGACUAUUUGAUGGUAAUACUUGAGUACCAUGCAAAACAAACGCCGCGACUUGUCUGCCCCUAGAGGCCGCCCUCGAAAGGGUUGCGCAACGCUAUGCGGAA